ACAUUUUUUGUUAUCAUUUGAAGUUAGAAUUUUGUUGGUAUCGGCUGUCACUGAUUGUGUCAUUUUGUAGAAUAGUUAGAAUGCGGUGUGUAAUAUCUUUGCUAGUAGCGAUGUUCUUAGUUGUGAUUGUAAGAUCACAGAACAACGAAUAUUCUGUUGGUGAUAUCUAUAGGAAAUCAGAGAACUUCACAACAGGAAAAGAUAGAAUUGAUUGUCCAGGAGAUAAGAAGCAAACUUGUGCUGAUGGAUACACAUGCUGUGAGAGUCCAUCAGGUGAUUACGCCUGUUGUCCACAUUUGAAUGCUGUCUGUUGUGAGGAUCACAUUCAUUGUUGUCCUCAAGGUUCUUCAUGUGAUGUUGGUAGAUGUAAAAAAGACAAAAAAGACAACAAUAACUUGAUUGAUAUGUAUGGGUAUCCCAUAUUUACCAUUGAUGAUAUGAUGAACAGUCUUGAGAGGAUUAGCCGCUCUGUAUGUCCAGGAGAUGAAUUUCAGUGUCCUUUACAAACCACUUGUUGCAAGCUUUCUGGGGGAAAGUUGUAUGGGUGUUGUCCCUUUGAGGAGGGUGUUUGCUGUUCUGAUGAGCUUCAUUGCUGUCCAAAAGGAUUUGAGUGUACUCCUGAAGAGACUUGUGUUCAUUCCAGUAACUCUACCAUUCCAAUCUCAACUAUCAAUUAAUUUUCUGGUCAAUAAAUUAUAAUCUCAACAAGUGCAGAAUUUAUGCAUUUAAAUUCACAAUGUAUUUUUGCGACAUUAGAAUAAAUCAAUUAUUCAAACGA